CCAUCCAAUCCAAUCCAAUCCAAGCUAGCUAGCGACCAUACAUAUUUGUUUUGUUUAGCAGAUUUUAAGGAUUAUUAUCGAUCGAAAUGGAGAGAAUUAGAGAGUUGUCGUCAAAGAAGGCGGCGGUGAUCUUCACCAAGAGUUCUUGCUUCAUGUGCCACAGCAUUAAGGCGCUGUUCUACGAGCUGGGAGCCAGCCCGGCGGUGCACGAGCUCGACCAGGACGACGUCAGCGGCCGGGAAAUGGAGUGGGCAUUGCGGAGCAUGGGCUGCAACCCUUCCGUCCCCGCCGUCUUCGUCGGCGGCCACUUCGUCGGCUCCGCCAAGGACGUCAUAUCUCUCCACCUUGAUGGUUCUCUCAAACAAAUGCUCAUUAACGCUAAGGCCAUUUGGUUCUAGCAGCACUAAUUACUUACCUCCCUACUUAUAUAUAUAUUAUUACCCCGCGCUUAUAUUAUCGACUAUAUAUAUAUAUACACCACAACUCGAUCAACUAUAUAUAUAUACUACUUGUCUUCUUGAUAUAUAUAUACUUGUGUUGGAACAACCAAGUCAACCGUAUAUGUAUCAAGAUUUACAUACAAUUCGCCAUGUUUUAUACAAAUGGCUACUAAUCAAAUGAAAACUAGUUUUUCGAGUUAAUUCAUUUUAAGUUCACUUUAAUUUCCUCUAUCUGAUCUUGAUCUCCUAGUUCAUUAUUUC